AGGCGAAUCGAUUUUUUUAAUAAAAGAGACGGAGCGAUAAGCAUUAAACCAUAGGACGGCUUCUACCACGUCAAUGGAGGAACCUCAUUUCACCUGCAGGUUCUUGCUAGUCACGACUAUGGCACCAUCCGAAAAUUAUUGAGCCUGCUCUCAAAUAAAGUAAAACGAGAACAUUACGACCGUGGCAACCGCAACAUUGAAGAAGCAAGAGCGCGCAUAAGAAUAAUAAAACAAGAAUGUUGGCAGCGCAGGUGGCAGCGGCCGGUGGGGUCGCAGCCCAGCAGCGCAUGAGCGGCUCGAUGGGGGCACCCCCGCAGAUGCCCCAGCAAGCCCACCCGGGUAGCAAGAUGAUGCACGACCAAGCGAGCUACGGGUAUCCUAAGCAAAAACGUCCCCACGACCCCAUAGUCAAGCUGGUAAAUCUGCAAGACAAUUCUCCACGCUUUGGGAGGUGUGCAUGACAAGUUCCCAUCUGCAGUGUAGUGCUGGUCAGCAAGGGCAGACGCAUGAGAAAGCCAGUUUAUCAUCGUGUUUACAGCAUUCUUGCAAAUUCCUAAACACAAUUGGAAAUGCCUCUCAUCAUUAUGGAGAUGCGCAUUACAAAUGUUCCUGUCAUUGCGCAGUUGCAUGACAGCUAUGGAGUAGGGACGUUUUUACAUAGGAUAACAGGGCACCCACCUCCCUCAUUCCGCAGACACGGUUCCGGGGCAGGAGGGGCGCUACGUUCUACGAGUUAUCAAAUGCAAAUAUGUCAUCUGGGUCUGGAAGAUUGCGAGAUUUGUCAUGCUAGUCUGGCAUGACUCUGCACUGCACUCUGUAUUGUGUGCUGGCCACCAAGAGGCUCUCUUGCCUGUCAUGCAAAAGCGCACUUUCUCGUGCGAAAUACGCAUCACACAAGCACGAAAAAACUUGUCAUGCUUGGCGGCGCAUGAUUACAGAGCACUUAUUGGUCACGGACUUGCAUCACAAGUUUCCAGACCCAGAUGACAUUUUUGCAUUUGAUACGAGUUGAGAAAAGACAACUGCUUCACGGACAUCGCCAUGGCGUCCUGGUUAUGCAUUGCAAAAGUAUCGUACUCGUAGUAAUCCCAUUCAUGCAUUACAAAUUUCUUUCUCAAGUUAAAUCCGCAUUACAAAUUUGAUUUCUCAUGCUGAGGAAAUUUGUAUUCGCAAUUCAUACUAGUACGGUACUUUUGCAGUGCAUACUGGUUCGAGAAUUUCGCGCUCCUCGUUAUCGUCCUGAACGCACUGUGGAUCGGGGUGGAGGUUGACAUAAACGACGGCACCAAAGACGCACCGCCAGAGGAGCUUUUUGUCGUGGUGGAAAACGUGUUUUGCGUUCUGUUCACGGCCGAAAUCUUCGUCCGCCUCAUGAGUUACAAGAAGGCGCUUUUCUUCUGCACCGACAAGGAGCUGCGAUUUUGGAACAUCUUCGACUUGCUUUUGGUACCACGCUAGUACAACGUAGUUUGGAGGUUGUCACGCAAAUUUCCUGUAUGUAGAAAUUGUGAAGUUCUUGUAAUAAUCCACCUCAUGAUCCUGGUGCUCUAUCGCGCACAGUAUAAUAAUUGCUAUUCAAAGGGACUACUUCUACUACACACCGCGUUGAAUUGAUUCUUGUAGCUCGAAGUGCUGUUGAAGACACCCAUCAUGAAAAACCUACCUCAGGUGCUGUUGAUGGUAAUAGAAAACUGGAUUCUCUCCUGGGCAAUGGGCGACUAUGGAUUGCAAAAAUGUCUGGGUCUGGAAGAUUGCCGUGUUUGUCAUGCAUAUUUGGUAUGGCCAAGGAUGUCUGUAAUGCAUGACCUAGCAUCACAGAUUUUUACAAGGCUUCCUGAUGCCUAUUCCGCAUGACAAAUUCCGUCCCCGCGUAGCACAAACUGGACUCCUCUUGCUGGUCAUGCAAUACAAAUUUUUUUCGACUCCCAAGCUAGCAUCACAAGUCCCAACUUUCCAGACCCAGACAUAUUUGCAAUGCAUAGCGACGAGGAAGGUGCCAUGAGCUCGCUGUCCGCGUUGCGUCUGCUCUAUGAAUCUGUCAGGAUUGAAAUCGUCAAAGUUGAAAUGGUUUGUCAUGCAUAAAAUGCAAGGCAUGAAGUGCCUGUCUUGCCGGGGUGGCAAGUGAGGCAGAUUGUGGGCCUAUUUAGGGUUUGGGAUAGAACUGCUAAAGGAGCAUGACAAAAGCACUGCUCUGUGCCCAAACAGCAUGACAAAUUGGAUUUCGGUGCUCCGGAAAUUUGUCAUGCGCCGCUUGAAAAUUGGUCUCCCAAGUGGUAUCCAUUCAUGACACAUUAUUUCAACUUUGUCGAUUUCAAACCUGACGCGUCCAUAUGCUCAGGUUGCUGCGUAUCUCCCGAAUCUUUCGAAUGGUCCCCGAGCUCGGAAUGAUGGUCAAAUCGAUGGCGGCGGCUGCAAGGUACAUCGGCUCAUUGUUGAAUCAGCUCCUCACAUACUUUGGACAAAAACAAUGUCAAGAACCAGUGGAUGAACUCGAAUUUGUUGUGCUGAAGAUGCAGAAUGUUGUGACGUGAAGAUGUGAUAACCCACCUUUGUCAUAUACGAUGUCAUCUUCAUUCAUUUUUGUAAAUUUAGCAUGACAAUAAAAAGAAAAACUACCACCUCUCCUAGGUCCGUGUCUUCAACGAUGGUGCUGGCAGUCGGGCUCAUGUACGUCUUCGCCGUUUUAUUCACGCAGUGGGGCUAUGCAUCGCAAAUAUGUUCUUCGGGUUUGGAAGAUUUGUCAUGCGAAACGACUUCGUAUUUGAAUUUCUUCUACUUUCACGAAAAGAAGUCACAUGAUCUGGGCUUCUAUGUUUGUGAUGCGUCGAGAGUGCGGUUUCUCCCCAGCUUUUUUUGUUUUUUGAAGUGCUGAAUGAAUAAUCUUCAUCCUCACAAUGCAGCUUGUAAAAAUCUAGAGCAGCCCGAGGACAACAUGUUUGCAAUGAAUAUCGGCAAAGAAAAGGAAGACUUCAAUGGAAAAUGCCGAGACUUGCCAACGCCGUGCGAAGACGAUACAAACUACUUUGGCUCCCUCGGCUGGAGCUUUAUGAGCUUGAUGCAGAUAUUGGUACCAUCUUGAUUUUUUACGAUCUCUUGAUGCUUCAUCGUUUUGGGCAGAUGAAGUAGCGUAGAAAUAACUGGAGCUCUGUCAUGUGAAAGGAAAUUCGUGCCUUUUAUUCUUCCCAAGAAAUCCGUCCCUGCUUCUUGACACGCGACGAGUAUGUUUACGUAUACAUGAAAAAAGUAAAAGUACAGAUUAUACACGGAACGAAAGCGAUGAUGAAGCCAUCCAAAAUAAAGUUGCAACUGAUCUUUUCCCCCAAAUAAGGUAUACGACGACACUUUCGCGCUUAUCCGCAAGACUUUCCUGGCCAACGCACUCAUGGGUCUGCUGCUGAUCAUCUUCAUCCUCGUUGGUGCCUUCACGGUGCUCAACAUGCUAAUUGGUGUCUAUGGCGUUCUCGAACGUUACAUUCUGAGCUGUUACAUGAAUUUGUGAUGCAAGAACCGCAACAGUGAACGGGGCAAGCUUGCAGCUUUCGCAUCACAAAUCCGGCACAGAUUUAGGCGCUGUUUAGCCCUUCGGGGAUUUGUCAUGCGAAGUGGCUUGAUUGUCUGGUGGUUCAUGAUGUUUUUCGCGGUUCUGACCCUAGAUCUCCUGCGUCCGAAGCUGCUUGCGGCGACGGUGCAAAGGUUUUUGAAGUGGCGCAGUCGGGUAUGCAUGACAAAUCAUGUGACAUCAGUUGAGAAUGUAACGUUUGAGAAUCCCAUAGUGUCAUCUGCGAGAUUGUGUCGACCACAAAAAAGGAAGAUAUGAACACGAAGCUUUUCACCUCCGCACAACAAGAAUCGGAACUACUACACGUGCCAAUCUUGCAUGAGAAGUACAACUAGCAGCCUGUCAAGUGUUGUAAGUACCUUUUGCUUUUUCAGCAACAGAAAUAACCUUCGUCUCGGUUUUAGCAAGAACUUGCUGUUUUUUAUCCAGGUCCACCUCCACCCGAAAUUUGUGAUGCGCGAUGUGCUUUGGUGAAACAGGUUUGUGUUGCAUAGGAGAGGAAGAGAAGCUACUCAUGAACAAGGUCGAGGAUCUUUUCGCGCAAAUGGACGCCGACGAAUCUGGCACCAUCUCCCGGGAAGAAUUCGAAGCCAAGACCGCACUCCUAGAGAAGCUGGGCCUGGACCAGUCCACAAUAAGACUAGCCUUCGAACUCAUUGAUGACGACCGCAGUGGAAGCUUGGAAAUGCAGGAAUUCAUACACAUGGUAUGAAAUUUCAUGCGAUUGUUGUAGUUGUUGCAAUACAAAUAUUAAUUAGCAUCUUCCACCGGCGCAGGCAUGAUGUUAUUUUUGAUUGUAGCGUUGUUGUGAGAUCACUGUACGAACAAAUAUGACACGUGAGCAUGAUCACAACCACAAGAAGCCUCAGAAGCCUCGUUCGCUUGAUGUUGAUGAAGUGCGGGUAAAUAAAAAUAUGGUUUUGCGGAUCAUCAUGAUAGAACCCGAACAGCAAAAGCGGAGCAACACGAAAAUCUACACGUGAACUUCUAGCAAUAUGAAAACGAAAACGCAUUCACAAAAACUACACUUAGGUUUUCCGGCUGUUGCACCCCCCGACGUCACAGGACCUUUUGGUGAUAAAACGAAAUUUAGCGAAGCUGUGCGACUCCCUCGGUUGCGACGUGUUCGAUGCGCCCCCACCCAUGAAGGCCAGCAAGAAGAGCGGACGCGCGACCUCGGGCGGCGGAGGCAAUGGCCCCUCGGACGGGGGCUCCGGAAAGGGGGAGGGGGAGAAGGAAGAGAAGGUGGCGAGCGGGUUUGUCAAGAAGUCAAAGACUAUGGCGUUCUCAACUGUUACAUCUUCAACUGUUACAUGGAUUUGUGAUGCAAGAAUGAAAAAAGAGCAAGGAGGAAGAUUGCGCCUUUUGCAUUACAAGUUUGGUGCAGAUUAUAAUGCUAUCUAGUGCGUCAAGAACUUGUCAUGCGAAGCAGCUUGAUCCUGUAGAUGUGUAUUGUAGUUUUGCAUUACAAAUCCAUGUAACAGUUGAGAAUGUAACAUUUGAGAACGCCAUAAAGACCUUCUCGGGGAUGGAAACCAGUGUGGCGCAAUACAGCAUCGAUAUGCAUUGCAAAAGUAUCGUACUCGUACUAAUUGCAACUUCUACGCAUGACAAAUCUCGUCCUUAAGGUAAAACAGCAUGACAAAAAAAUCCAGUUCUCAUGCUGGGAAAAUUUGUAAUGCAUUUUUUAUACGAGUGCGAUACUGUUGCUGUGCAUAAUCGAGCAUGUGGAGCAACAAAUCAAAAACGCAGUGGCCCUGGCGGUCAAGCAGGAGGUGGUGUUAUGGAACAAAAGCCUCCAAAGUGUGUCACUGUCGUGUCUGAAAAAAUUAUUCUUUUUCUUUCUCAGUGUCACCCCGGACGACUACACCGGAUGUUGACACUACGACAACCUCUACUGCUAGUAGCCGCGCAACAGAAACAUAGAAAGUGGUCGAAUUAUAUUCAAUGUUUCAGAUUGCUACACAAGCACACUUUUUUUUGUUCUUGCAUAAGCGCCGAGACUAGGGGCAGGAGGAGGAGCGGGCGGCUACGGUGGCUACGAUGCCGGCGCGGUAUUUUUUUACUAUGUGGACAUGGGAUCUACAUCUCGAUCUAGGUGUGCAUGACAGAAUUUUUUACAAACGAAAAUCGCCUCCGUGUCCGUGUGACUUGUCAACGUGUGUGAAUUGACGAGAUAAGUAAACAAAAGUGAUUUGCCAUGCACAAAUGUGAAACAAACACAGAUGUCAAACUACGGUGGUGGGGCUUCGAACGAAAAUUUGGAGAGCAUCAAGCGCGAAGUCCGGGGCUUGCAGGAUUCCGUCCAGCGGGUGGAUAUGAAUUGCAAGAGCAUCGUGCUAGUAGUACUUAAUCGCAUUACAAACUUGCUCAGCAUGACAAAUGGAAUUUGUGAUGCUGUUUUACCUUAGUAAGGAGACGAGACUCGAAUAGCUUCGCCCGCUCGGUGUGACAUCGCAAACUUGCGCUAGAAGGAGCAUUUUUCACAAAGUUCACCUCCCGCCGCGGGACGCGCACGCUUUGCGUAUCACCUGGGAACAACGUUGCUGCGUCUCGCGCUGCAUCCCCCCGCGGCCUAGUGGAUGCGUUUUCAAAGCAUGUCGAGCCGGAAACGCGGCUAGAGACGCCUUCGCAGUGCGUUUCUGGUUGGAAAUCUAGCAAGCGACGCCGUCGCAGUGCAUUUCUAGCUGGAAACCCACCUAGCGACGCCGUCUCAGGGCGUUUCUAGCUAGAAAGCCAGCUAGCGACGCCGCCCCGGUGUGUGUCCAGCAGGGAAUCCAGCUAGCAAUGCCGUCCCAGCGCCUUUCUAGCUGAAAGGAAAUACGGCCGGAAAGGCAGCGGCAGCGUGUUUCCGGCUAGAGAUCCAGGCGGAAAGGCAUCGCCAGCGCGUUCCCAGAACGAAAUCCAGCGGGAGAGGCAUCGCCAAAGCGCCCCCGGCUGGAAGAAAUUCAGCCGGCCGCGUCUUUGCAGAGUAUUGCUAGCGUGAAAUGGAGCCGGGGGCGCCUUUUCUUUCAGAGCAUUCCUAGCGGGAAACCCAGACGGAGGCGCGUUUUUUUCUAGCCGGGAGGAAAUCCAGCAGGGAGGCAGUGCAUUACUUAAAGAGGCAUCCGCAAGCAACGCGCCUCCAGCUGGAAAUCCAUCGAGGGCGCCUCUUCGAUGAGUAUCCAGCUGGAGACGCCGUGGCAAUGGAAAUCCAGCUUGCUGGAAACGCCUUUUCGAGGGAAAUCCAGAUGGAAACGCAUCGAGAAGGCUUUUCCAGCGCUUUCCCGCCCGACCUUUUCAAAGUGUUGGAAGCUGGAUUUCUAGUAGAAGACGGCUUUCGAUUUCUAGCUUGGAAUCCAGGCGCGGGGAACAGUUUGAAAAGGCAUCCGCGGCGCAUUGUUAGCUGGGAUUCCAGGUCAAGGCGCCUCAAGGUGUUGCCAGGUGGAUAGAUUUGCGGGCGGAGAUGCCUCGGGGCAUUUCCAGCUGUCAAGAAUCGCAAGGCAGCUGAUUUCUCUUCGGUUUCCCGGGGUUUCUUCCCGCGUUAGCAAAACUCUUCUGGCUACCCGGGGAAAGGCUUGCCUAGAAGGAUAUUGGGUAGGUAAUGGGAAGCUAUCGGGAAGGGGUGGCAGAGCUGGAGCUCUUCUCGGGUUGUUGUGCUUAGCGCGGCUCUUCAGGCUACCCGGGGCAAGGAUCUUCUAGUAGGGUAGCGGGAGGGUGUUCAUUGGGAUAGUGGAAAUGUGUUGGGAAUUUGUUUUUUUUUUCCCGAGUUGCUGCGUUUAGCACAGUUAUUCUGGCUACCCGGGGCAUGGGUUUUCUAGUAGAAUGCCUGGAAGGUAUUGAUGGAGGCAUCCAUCUGCGCCAUCGUUGCACGCCUUCCAGGUGCAGCGUCCGUGGCUGCGGUUGCCGCCUUCCGUCUCCGUCGGCUGCUCGCGAUGUCUCCGUGCCCGCGAUCAGCUGAAGCUUUUUUUCCUUAGGGAUUUCAUUAAGAAAGUGACACGCGAGCGCGCGGAUCCGAUUGACCCCCUACGUCACUCCCCCCCGCCCCUUCGAGAUGAUGACACUGGGCCCCAAUCUGUAUGAGUAGUUUUUAUUUUUGGGAUGAAGACUUACAUGCGGGGGGCCCUCGCCCCCCCCCGCGCCCCCCCCCGCCCUUUCGAUAUGAUGACACUGCGCCCCAAUCCGUAUGAAUAGUUUUUAUUUUUGGGAUGAAGACUUACAUGCGGGGGGCCCCCGCCCCCCCCCGCGCCCCCCCCGCCCUUUCGAUAUGAUGAUAUUGCGCCCCAAUCUGUAUGAAAAGUUUUAGAUCUAAGAUUAUAGCUUUAAGAUCUAAGAUCAUGACUUUUGACAUUGCGCCCCGAUCUGUAGGGAUGCUUUUAAGAUCUAAGACGAUAAGAGCCAAGAUUAUGGCUUUUGAGAUGAAGACUCACAUGCGGGGGGCCCUCGCCCCCCCCCGCGCCCCCCCCCGCCCCUUCGACGUGAUGUUAUUGGGCCCCAAUCUGUAUGAGUAGUUUUUAUUUUUGAGAUGAAGAACUACAUGCGGGGGGCCCUCGCCCCCCCCCGCGCCCCCCCCGCCCUUUCGAGAUGAUGACACUGCGCCCCAAUCUGUAUGAAAAGUCUUUAGUUCUAAGAUUAUAACUUUAAGAUCUAAGAUCAUGACUUUUGAGACGCUUGGUCAUAGCUUUAAGAUCUAAGAUUCAUUAUGAGAUGCUUUAAGAUUCAGAUUAGAUGACUUUGAGACGCUUUUUAGAAUCUAAGAUGAUGACUUUUGAAAUGAAGACUCCAGAAUUCUGCGAUAGGUUUAAGAUUUCGUAAGAUUUGAGAUUGAGAUAAGAUUUGAUAAUAAGAUUGGCGAUUCGAAUAAGAUUUGAGACUGAGCUAAGAUUUAAGAUUCAGAUUGAGACUGAGACUUGAGAUUGAGACUUGGUGUGAAAUUGAAUUACUCAAUUUGAAUUAUUCAUGAAGUUGAAUUAUUCAAUUUGAAUUAUUCACGAAAUUGAAUUAUUCAAUUUGAAUUAUUCAGAAAAUUGAAUUAUUCGUGAGUCUUGCGAUGAAAUUGUAGAUAUGACUAUCAAUUUGUCAUGAUGCAUAACAGCAAUUGGUACGAGUGCGAUACUCUUGCACUGCAUAGUGGAAGUGGUGCUGCAAAAUCUACGGGACAAACUGCAGGUUAAGCGACGGUCAAGCUCGCAGCAACAACAGGGAAACAACUCGUCACAGUAGGGGGACGACGCGCGGAUGAUGUUCUUGGUGUCGUGAUUUCGUCAAGUUUAUUUCUCAGAUGUUACAUACUCCUUGACAAGAACUACUCCCGGUGCUGUGAAAAAGUAAAAGACACGACAUCGACAGUGAUAUAUGGAAAAGCGAAAGAACUCGAAAAUGCUAUGUACAAAUGUCUAUACCUACGAUAGAUUUGUUGUCCCUACAACUAAGGAGGUGGAGCGAGAAGAUAGUUUUACCUCUGUGCAUCAAGAAAGCAAUACACUUCUGGGCUUCAUCUUGAGGAGAUCAUUUUUUUACCCGACGAGGACAACUCCACCUAGUAGAAGAUCAGCUUUUCUCCUUUUUCAGGCACAGCAGCAUGAAAAGUGCUAGACCCCCAGCGAGAUAGUGGUGUCCUAGUCUUCAAGGAGAACCAAAAAUAGUAGUGCCGCAGUGGCUGUGGUGCUGCUUCUGCACAAAAUGUUGACUCGGAUAGCAUCUAUUUCGUCGGAGGUAGUUGUACCGUAGUACUACUAAGGUGUUAUUGGUCAUUUGAUUUUCCACAACGAACAGAGCCGUAUGAUCUAGACCCUGCUGUUGAUUGGGUAGUUGCUUGUCGUCGUUCCACCCCCGGCGUCCCCGGCCACAAAAAAACACAGUACAGAGUUGUCGCAGUCAUGCUUUUACUUCAUUUCUACCUCCUUGCAGUACUAUCCUAAUAUCUCCUCCUUAAAUAUAGUCUGUCAAUGAAAUAUUGUGUUUAAUUUAUCAUGAAAGUACGAAAAUGUAUUGCAGCGAGCACGCGGCCGUCGCGUGCUUUGUUUAUUAUGUUUCCGAAAUGAAAUCACAAUCACAAGCAGAAAGCACGAGCAGAACCUAACCUUUCGUAGGAGGGAUUAUAUUCACGUAAUAAAAAAAAAUGCUCGCACAAAAAAAUCAUCCACUGUAUAAUUCUGUUGUGAAUCUAGACCGCAGCCUGUAGUUGAAGCUUGUACAUAAAUUCGACUGAAGAGAACAACUUCUAUAAGCGUGAGUAUCAACUUGUUAUGGUGCUGUACAGAGAAAUAGAAGAAAAGCUUAAGCUAGUGCUUGACG